UAUUAUUGAUUUAGGACUAUGUAAACCUAUAAGUGAUUCUGGUAAUAUGGAUCCUGAAAUAUUAAGAAACAAACCCUAUACCCCAGCAAGUGAUAUUUAUAGUCUUUCAAUGAUAAUGUGGGAAUUUACAUCAGGUACUCCUCCAUUUUAUCAUGAAGCGCAUGAUCAUCACCUUUGCUUGGAUAUUAGUAAAGGACAACGUCCUGAAAUUAUAAAAAAUACUCCAAAAUGUUAUAUAGAUUUAAUGAAAAAAUGUUGGGAUUCAAAUCUCUCCAAUAGACCAACCAUAAGAAUGCUUGAAAAUAUUGUAUCUGAAUGGAUUAGAUGUAUUAAUGAAUAUUAUAAAAGAAACAGUGAAGGAAUAUAUAACUUUGUGGUACCUAAUAUUGAUAAUCAAUUAGAAGGUGAUAUGAUUGAAUUUGUAGAAGCAAACAAAACUUUAGUACAAGAAUAA